UAUUAGUUGACAGCUGCGCUGCUGCAUUGCUCUGCUGUCGUAUGCCGGUGUAAAAACAACAAAUUUUCAUACCAAAAAUCAGUUGUGUAGUAAAAGUGUUUGACGAAGGUUGUUCAAUGUUGUUCAAAGUGUGCAGUGGAAUGAGUGUGUGUGUUUAUUUGUAAAUCUUUAAAGAAAUUUUAUCUUAAAGAUAAAAUAUAACAGUUUAAUAACUAAUAAGUGCUAAAAAAGAAAACAAUUUUCAAUAUUACUGUGUUAUGUUCAAAUUAUUGUGUUGAUUUUAUAACAACGGCAUCAUCAUGUCACUCGCCACCAAACCAUUCGUUUUAGUUGUGGACCUUAUAAAAUCAAUAAUAAACUAUGGUAAAAGUCAGCUGCAUAAUCUAUUUGAUGAAAUUAUGGGGUACAUAAUGCGGCGCUUUCUGCGUACGGCCAUGAUCGUGUUCAGUUGGUUCGUUGUACCCUAUAGUCGUUUCACCAACAUCAAAGUGAACCGUCAAAAGCUGCCGCCCAUAAAAUCGCAUCUAUUGGAUAUACCCGCCGUUGAUCUUGCCAAAAUGAUAAGAACCAGAAAGAUCAAAAGUGAAGAAGUGGUGGAAGCCUAUAUAGAGCGAUGUAAACAGGUGAAUCCUUUGAUAAAUGCCAUCGUGCAAGAUCGUUUUGAAGAGGCAUUACAGGAAGCACGUGAGGUAGAUCGUAUCAUCGAAAUGGGUCUGAGCACAGAAGAGGAAAUGGAAGAAAAUACUCCUCUUCUGGGCAUACCGGUGACAGUUAAGGAAUCCAUAGCCGUUAAGGGAAUGACAAAUCAAGCGGGACGUGUUUUUAAAACACCACAAAUAGCAAAAUCUGAUGCGCCUGUGGUGGAACAAAUAAAACGUUAUGGUGGCAUUAUACUGCUAGUAUCCAAUACUCCCGAGUUGUGUCUGCUAUGGGAAACGUAUAACAACGUUACAGGUCAGACUAGAAAUCCUUACGAUUUAAAGAGAACACCGGGUGGUUCUUCGGGUGGAGAAGCUGCUCUAUUGGCUAGUGGAGCCUCAUUGCUGGGUUUAACAUCGGAUAUUGGUGGUUCCUCUAGAUUACCGGCCAUGUUUAGUGGCAUAUGGGGCCAUAAACCAACACCGUAUGCUGUUUCAUUUAAAGGUCAUCAUCCCACAUCUGAUUUUCCUAAAUGGGGUGAUUUUUUCACCAUAGCUCCCAUGACCAGAUAUGCCAAGGAUUUGCCUUUGCUGUUGAGAUGUAUGACUGAUCCUACCGGUCCUAAACUUACAUUGGAAAAGGAAAUAAGUGUUACCGGUAUACGUUUCUUCUUUAUGGAUAACGAUGGUCCUUCGGGUAUGAUGAGACCUUUGAGUCGUGAUUUACAUGCUGCUAUAAAUCGUGUAGCCAAUGAUUUCAAUGCCAAGCGAGUGAAUAUACGUAAAAUGAAAUGGUCCCUGGACAUAUCACUCUCCGCCAUGUUAACCAUGAAAAAUAUUGAAACUAUUUACCACAAAACCGAAGAGGGCCAAAGACCCAAAACUGUUUGUACCGAAACGGUGAAAUAUUUCUUUGGCUGUUCCGACAGCAUUCUACCUUCGGUUAUAUUCGGCCAUUUGCAAAACUUUAUGAAAAUCAUACCAAAUUCACGACACAAACACUUAGCCACCAUUAUUGAGGCUUUAAAGACUGAAUUCAAAGAAUUGCUGGGUAAUGAUGGGGUCUUCAUUUAUCCCACAUUCCCGAAUACAGCCCAUCAGCAUUAUCAAAUCUAUCAUAAGUUAUUGGAGCCCAUGUAUAUGGCCAUUUUCAAUACUUUGGGUUUACCCGUAACCAAUUGUAUGAUUGGUUUAGAUCGACGCCGUCUACCCAUGGGCAUACAAGUAGUGGCGAAUCCGGGUCAGGAUCAUUUGUGUCUAGCUGUGGCACGAGAAAUGGAAAGACGCUAUGGAGGUUGGGUAAGACCACCAUCGGAGGAUUCUAGUAAACGUAUUGACUAA